GAGUUAUUGGAUGAUCUACCGACAGUUUGACUUGAGCCAGCAACCGACCGAUUGAAAUUUAGAGUGUCCCAUUGAAGAACAAGCCAAACAUUUCGUGAGUCUGCACAGCAUUCUUCAGCCCAGACGAAUGGUCCAUACCUGAGAAGGACAACAACAUGGCAUCUCUUCCCGAAGGCAACUCGCAACAGAAGCAGCUGAACUCAAAUGAAGGUAGUUCAACAGAUGACAAGCAAACAACACAUCAGAACGAGAGGGCAGCCGACGGCCAGCACCAAAAGAAACCCAGUGCCCAAUCUAAGAAACGACUUUUCCUUUGCGAAGUGUGCUCCAAGUCCUUCAAGACACCCAGCCACCUCAAGUCGCACGAGACCAGCCACAGCGACGAACGACCAUUUGCCUGCGACUUCUGUGAUAAAAAAUUUAAACUCAACAGUGCCUUGAAGACGCACAGUAGAAUCCACACAGGCGAGAAGCCAUUUGAGUGUGACAUUUGCGAUGAAACAUUUAGAUUUCGAUCUACGCUUCGGAGGCAUAAGAUGGACCAUGACAAUGUCCGACCAUUUCGCUGCGAAACUUGCAACAAAGGCUUCUACAAUGCCGGUCAUCUGAGAGAGCAUGAACGAACUCAUACAGGAGAGAGACCGUUUGUUUGCGACAUUUGCGACAAAGCCUUCGCUGCCAAAAGCACGUUAACAUGGCACAAGAGGGUCCACACCGGAGAGAAAAGUUUUGUCUGUGACAUUUGCCAAAAAGGCUUCUGGCAAAGAAAGGACCUCACCAAACACGAAGGUUCUUGCAAAGUGACCAGCGAAACAAAACAAGGGAUCAAGAAAGUUUGUUUGAGGGUGGGACACACAGAGAGAUCAAACGUCUGCGAUGGACCUGUUGGAGACUUCUCCAAGCAAGUCAGUCUAGAUGGGAAGAAAGUUGACAAUGAAGAACCAAGCUCGACAUCUUCCUCGGGUGGUCUUGAUGGAGACUUACCAAAUAAGGAGUUGGAGAACUGCAGUGAAGAUCGGGCACUGGAUGAUCUGGAAAUGACAUGCAAGCAAGAGAAGGACACAGACACUAACCAGCAAGCAGCAAAUUCAAGAGUGCAUUCUAAGGACAACGCAUGGAUUUGCAAAUAUUGCUCCAAGUCCUUCAAGACCGCAAGUCACCUCGAGUUGCACGAGCGAAGUCAUACCGGUGAAAGACCAUUUGCUUGUGACCUCUGCGAUAACAAAUUCAAGAGCAAACAUACCUUGAAGACCCAUCGGACUAUCCACACGGGAGAGAAACCAUACUCCUGCGAUAGUUGUGAUGAAAAGUUCAGAUUUCGAUCCACGCUUCGGGUGCAUAAAAUGCACCACGAUAAUAUCAUACCAUACGUAUGCAAAUUUUGCAGCAAGGGUUUCUACAUUUCAGGUCAUCUCAGAGAUCAUGAGCGAACCCACACCAGAGAAAAACCUUUUGUUUGCACAGCUUGCGGUAAAGCUUUUGCCACGAACAGCUCUUUAACUUUGCACAAGAGGAUCCACACUACAGAGAAAAGUUUUGUCUGUGACAUUUGCCACAAGGGCUUCUCGCAAAGAAAUGAUCUCACUAAGCACGAAUGUUCUUGCAAAGGGACCAGCGUAACAAAACAAGGGAUCAGGAAAGUUUGUUUGAGGGUGGGACAUACAGAGAGAUCAAACGUCUGCGAUGGACGUGUUGGAGACUCUUCUAAGCAAGUCAGUCUUGAUGGGGAGAACGUUGACAAUGAACAACCAAGCUCCUCCACUAGUCUUGAUGGAGACUUACCAAGUAACGAGUUGAAGAACUGGAGUGAAGAUCGAGCACUGGAUGACCUUGAAAUGACAUGCAAGCAAGAGAGGGACACAGACACUAACCAGCAAGCAGCAAAUUCAAGAGUGCAUUCCAAGGACAAUACAUCGGCUUGCAAAUAUUGCUCCAAAUUCUUCAAGACGGCUAGUCGCCUCGAGUUGCACGAGCGAAGCCAUACCCGUGAAAGACCCUUUGCCUGUGACCUCUGCGAUAAGAAAUUCAAGACCAAGCAGACUUUGAAGACCCAUCGGACAAUCCACACAGGGGAGAAUUUAUUCUCCUGCGAUAUCUGUCAUGAAAAGUUCAGAUUUCGUUCUAGGCUUCGGGUGCAUAAGAUGCGCCACGAUAACAUCGUACCCUUCGUAUGCAAAGUGUGCAACAAGGGCUUCUACAGUUCCGGUCAUCUCCGAGAGCACGAGCGAACCCAUACAGGAGAGAGACCGUUUCUUUGCAUAACUUGCGGUAAAGCUUUCACUACGAAAAGCAUUUUAACAUUGCACAAGAGGGUACACACAGGGGUCAACAGGAGGGUCCGCAGAACCUCAUUUCAGUGCGACAAAUGUAACAUAACCUUCCCCGGUAAAAUUGAGUUCCGGGUUCAUCAAGUGAUCCACGCUAAACCUAAACAGUACGUCUGCAAAGAUUGCUAUGAGGUCCGCUCCAGCAGGGAGGCUUUGAAGGAACACCGGGCUGUUCAUGAAGCAUCAGCGAAGGUUCACAAACAAAAGACUUAUUGUUGCGAGACCUGUGGCCGAACCUUUGCUCAGUUCAGCCACCUGUAUGAACACCGAGUGAUUCACACAAAUCAAAAGUCUUCACUGUGCCACAUCUGCGGCAGUGCCUUCCAUAAGAGAUCCCAGUUGACACGGCAUCAGCUAGUUCACACUAAGGAGAAACUGCACCCCUGUGGAACUUGCGGCAAAGCGUUUGGUCUUCCUCAAACCCUGAAGACGCAUUAUCUUGAGGUCCACACCAAGCAAAGACCAUUCAAGUGUGACUCUUGCGACAAAGGCUUUGUCACAAAAUACAAAUUGUCGUGUCAUCAACGGGUGCACACAGGAGAGAAACCGUACGCCUGUAAUGUUUGUUAUAGAGCCUUCUCUCACAAAAUCACAUUAAGGAGGCACAACUGCGAUACCUCAUAAAUUACUGUGUUACCAAGGGAAUAAAUGUCUGAUUGGGUGGUGUUAAACACUGUUUAAGACUGGUUGUAGUCUGGAAUGCCAAUAAUUACCCAAGGCGAAACCAAGGGUAAUUAUCAGCAUUCCAGACUCCAACCAGUCUUAAACAUAGUGUUUAAUACCGAC